AUGACAAUCUCUCGCCUCAUGGCACUUCGCCCUGCGUCUGCCACCACCCUGGGCUUCUCACGUGCGUCCCGGUACUACUCAGCGGAUGCCGGCAAGAAAGAUGAGAGUAAAGCUGAGGAGGGCAGUCCUCCUGCGUACACUCACCGGGGCUCUGCCAUCAACUUCAACUGGGCCCGCGAGGCCGAGAAGAAGGAGAGAACCGGUCCGACCUUGUCGGCUGAUAAUUGGGAAGAGCACCCCGAUGCCAAGAUUGAGGACUUCGAGGAGCUCCCGUACAAGGAGUUUGGCAUUAACCAGCAUAUGGAGGUCAACGCUGAGUUCAAGAAGGUGCUCACUGAAGUCGUCCGGGAGUUCCGCGCCCCCAUCAUGUACGCCAUGGCCUACGGUUCCGGUGUUUUCCCCCAGUCCAAGGCCAGCAGAUCCGUCUCAGAUGAAGAAUUCCGUGCUGUUCACCCCAAACCCUCGCCCGCGUUGAUGGAGGUUCAGAAGGGCGGUCCUAAAAUGAUCGACUUCAUUUUUGGAGUCACUCACACCCAGCACUGGCACUCGCUGAACAUGCGCCAGCAUCGCGACCACUAUUCUGGUCUGGCAAGCUUUGGCUCCGGCCUCGUCUCGACCUUUCAGGACCGCUGGGGCGCCGGCGUCUACUUUAACCCAUACGUCACUAAGAAGGGCAUGCUGAUCAAGUACGGCGUUACAUCGAUCGACAACCUCUGCACUGACCUCUCCACCUGGAACAACCUGUACCUCGCUGGAAGACUUCACAAGCCGGUUAAGAUCCUGCGUGAUCAUCCUAGAGUCCGCCUUGCGAAUCAGGUCAACCUUAUCUCGGCCGUUCGCACUGCUCUCCUGCUUCUGCCCCCCAAGUUCACUGAGAAAGAGCUUUUCUCGACCAUUGCCGGCAUCUCAUACCUCGGCGAUCCGCGCAUGUCCCUGCCGACCGAGAACAAGAGCAAGAUCAACAAUAUUGUGGACAACAACAUGGUCUCUUUCCGCAAGCUCUACGGUCCGCUUCUGAACACAAUGCCCAACGUCGAUUUCGCCGACGGAGCCGACCAACAGAGCAAGCACGCCUCCGAUGCCGAGUAUGAUGGCGCCAUGUACCAGGACAUGGACCCGGUCAAGCGUGGCAACAUGGUUCGUCGCCUGCCCAAGGCCUUCCGCUCGCGUCUUUACUUCCAGUACCAGAAGAAGUUGAUGGUCCCAUCUUCCGAAUUCAAGGCCAUGAUGGACGCCUCCAAGGAGGAGGACGCCGUGAGCUUUAAGCGCCGCGAAGGUGGAGGCUUUGAGCAGCGCAUCGUCCAGGAUGACCCCGAGGAGUUGCAGAAGUCGAUUCGCAAGGUCAUUAGCCAAACGGUCAACUGGCCCGCAACCGCGCAGUCGAUCAAGAGCUUCUUCACUGCUGGCGUCGGCCGCUCCAUCCGCUACCUGUCUGAGAAGAUGACCAAAUACAAUGAAGGCAAAGCCAAGGCCAAAGCCAAGGCUGAAGAGCUCAAGAAGCAGGCGGGCGAGGCUGCGGACAAGACCAAGAAGGAGGAGUAA